AUGGCUGGUAACGAGCAAGGAAAGGCUGAUGUGGGAGAAGGAAGAAUGGCUGCGAGCGAGGGAGCGAAUGGAGGGGAUUAUGCGGACGAAGGACAAGACCGUCGAGGAGGUAAAAUACUCACGAACUGCUUUAUUUCGUUACUUGAUUUUGCGAAAGUUAGACUUGGAGGGCUGGAGUAUGAAAAGAUAAAAUUUCGCUUUGAUGAUAUACAUCCUGACAGCUUUCGAAGCCGCUUCUACCUCCGGUAGCUAAGCCUUCGGCUGUCGCGUCGUUUUCCCUCGUAGUUUUGCAACGUUGGGUUUUUAUCUCUUGACAGGCGACACCGAGCUUUUCAGCAAAUCGCUAAAAAUUCAAUCUAAGCGCUUCUACGUGGACGUGAAGCAAAAUCGUCGUGGCAAGUUCAUCAAAAUUGCAGAGGUAAGUCGGGAAACAAUGAAAUGCAAUUGCCGGCUUCGAGAGAAGAAAUUUGCACCUUUACUCCGGCUAAACCACGUCGUGGUUUUUAAGUAGAUGAUACCCUCUUCUUGGAAAUAGUGUAAACAAGCUAGCGCGGUCGUCUAAGUGGGCUGUCUUCGGCUGUCUUUGCAAUUAUUUAUUUCAGCUGAAUUGGUUCGACCAAGGUGUGAAAAUGGUGGAGGGAAACUAGCUACAGGAGAGAGAACGAAAACUUAGCAGGGCGUCUUUACAGCCGUUCAGGCCCCUUAACCACCUUUAGAUUGAAUUGUUCUCCUAAGGUCGAGAAUAUCCUAGUAAAAUUCCGUAAUUUAUCAAACCCUUUGCAAUUUAAGUUUCAGUUCUUUUCGCUGGAAAAAAAAAAUUGGUUGGUUUGAAUUUAAAUGGCCGGACUUCCUGUCGUGUUAUAAAUAAAGUAUGUACACAAAAUACACUGCAUUUAUUAUGCGGUGGCAAAAUUCACCAUUUCUUACUUUAAGCCAUAUUUUUUCAGAAUAACAGCGUAUUUAUCCGUUUGUUAAGUGCAGGGAAUAUUUUAUACCCGAAAAGAAAUUCUGUGUUUUGAUAGACGAUAAAAUCACCGAUUAUCAAUUAUUUAGCUGUACUUGCAGGCCGCUAGCUUGUUCUGCUAUUGUAGGUAGUAACAUUUCCACGUUUUUGUUUGCCCGUUUUUAGAACAUAAGGAGCAAGUACCUUGUAAUAUCAAGUUUGUUUCGAAGAAAUGAAUCACCAGUAGAGAGACUGUUCGCUUGCGCUUCGACACUUUUUUUCAUGAAUAUUCUUGCCGGUCUGCACAAAGGUUUUAGGAACUAAUUAUGUAAAUUUCCGUGAAAUUAUGAUGUACUUGAAUUCCUAGAUUUCUCAUAUUUUGGUGAAAAUCAAGGUUAUAGUUUUCGUAUUUUGCAUUACCUUGUCAAAGGAUAUAUCGUCGCGUCCUUAUGUAAUUUUCAAGGAUCAGUGAUGUUUAUUGCCUCCUAGUUUGCAUUGGUGUUUCAUUUUGUUUUGGGUAAUCGAUACGCUACGGAGUGAAAUAUUCCGUCAGAAAUAUCUUUGACAGGCGAACAUGAAAAUCUUUUCGUACUAUUUCUAUUUCUGUGUAUUACUGCAAAGUCAAUCUUAGCCCCCUUUCAACCAAACUUUGAAAAAACUGAAAUGAUAGAAAUGGUCUUUAGUUUUUACAUUGUGUGCAACUGAAAAAGCAGUGAAAUUGAAUUUUGAUUUACGUCUCUAGUUAUUGCUCUUUUUCUAGUUGUGCUAAUCAGCAGAAUAAAAUUUUCCUCAUCAAAAAAAGUAACGUUGUAUAAUUAUGCUCAGGUAAAGUACAUUUUACAAACUUUGGAAUUGUUCAACCAUUUCUAGUUCAAUUCAUUAGAUAUUGGAACUUAAAUGUUUGGUGCAUUUCUGUGUCUUGACUUGAAAUGAAAAGAACAAAGGAAUAUUGUCAUUAAGGAUUCAAUUUUAAAUUAUUCACAAGUAUUCAGAUACCAGAAGUUAUUAUUCCUGCCAGUUUAUGUGGCUCUUGAUUUGACCUAGCAUUUUGUCAUGGAGCCGUCAAAUUUACUUUUUGGGUUUUAUUUUGCUCUCAUUGAUAGAAGUUUUCUAUAUUUGUUCAUGGUCAUGUCUCCUUUGUACAGUGUUGUAAUGUGCUGACAGCUUAACUUACACUGUCUUAUAUCAAAACUCAAGGAUGUGGCCAUAAGAGAUGGAGAUGACAAUAUCAACAACCUUUUCACUUGUUGUGAAUGUCAUGUUACUGCCACAUGUACAGUUUGUAUGCAAUUCAAAAUAGAGUUCCACUUUUCUGUUUUUUUUUUUGUUUAAGUAAAUUUAUUGCUGGUAAUUUCAGGGUUCUUGUAGAAGUUUUGAAUAGAAAAAUAAACUCCUUUGUAGCAGGUACGGUAAAUAUGCUUGGAUCUGUAGCAAGCUAGGAAGAUUUUAGAACUACAUGUAGAAAAGCAGGAAGGGCAGUGAAGGUUUCUGAACACUGCAUUUUUUGAAGUAUUAUCAAACCAAGAUUACUUCAGAUUGUAAAGCACUGUACUGCAGAGUGGCAUGUUAUAGGAGACUAGGUGCAAUAGUGGGAAAAAAGGGAGAAUAACAGUGAAAGCUUGAAGAAAGAGGGCAUUCUUAUAUAAUGACUCUUCUCAAAGGCUUGAAGAAUACAAGAAAACCAUAAUAGAGAAGAGAAAAUAAUGAUGACAUCAGAGAAACUAAAUCUGUGAAAUAUGACGUGGGAUUGGUUGGCAUAUUCAGAAAGCAUUCAUGAGAUGAGAAUUUUUCACUUGCCAAAAUUCAGCAUAUUGGUGUAAAAAUUGGUGAGGAGAUAUUAAGCCAUGUUAUUGCUCUGAUGACUCCAUAUAAAUCCUCCUUAAUAAAUAGAUUUGAUGUGUGUGAGCAUGGCAGAAAUGUAAACAGCACUCAAAGAUAAAUUAUAAUUUCUUAAUAAUAAUUAUUAAGAAAUUAUAAUUAUUAUUGUUGCUGCAUUUACUUGAAAAUGGUUAAAUUUUUCAGGUUGGGAAGGAGUUGCAGGGGGGUAGGGGAAAAAGUGAGGCUGCUAGCACAGCCUUUCUUUCGCCUGCGUAAUUUUGGCAUACUUGAGAAAGACUCUGAUCAUUUUUAGCAUGUGCUGCUUGUUUGCUGAGAUACAGUUUCAAACCCAGCCUAAUAGCUAUGGGCUUGGUACAGCGAGCUCAUUUAUGACCAUCAGUUUAUUAAUAAGCCGAUGCUCAAACUCAGAAUAUCUGUACCAGUUUGGCGAGAGUCAAGGAGAUUGACUAGUCCAGAUGUUUGGGCUUCGGCAAUUCAUGCAGAGCCUCCUUUUCUCCUUCUCACUCAAGAAGACUAAAGGAGGCUCUGCUCUUAGGAUGAGGUAAGGGGUGCAACCCUUAGGUCUUGCACUGAUCAUGCUAAAAUCAAGGUUGCUAAUAAUAAAAGACAAGGUACAAUAAUUUAUGUAUUAUUUCUAAAAGUGUAUUAAAAAGCAUAUUUAGCAUUAUUUUGGCUGCCGGAUUAAGAAAAAAAUUACAAACAAGGUAGUGCAGUUCGUGUGAAAAUUAGUAUACUGCGUGCCGUAUUACAGAGCUGAAACUAUGAUCCAUUGUCAGGCAAAACGCCAAACUAAAUUUGGGUUUUCCACAGUGUAAAAUGAAUUCCAAAUUAGAUUUCAGGGAAAAAAGACAAGGUUUCGACAGUAAAAGGCCAAACUGAAAUGCACUUUGGAGAAACAUAAACAAACUUGUCUGCGAAAACAUUGAAAACAAGAAACCAGGGUACCUUAACAUCGCAAAAAAUGGAUGACAUCGCUGUGACUACCAACCCAAUAUGGGUAUAUACAUAUAAAGCCAACUAAUGUUUCUGUCUCGCUUUGUGAUCCAUGCACGUUCCACGCGCAAAUGUGAAUUUUGACAAAAUUAUAAACUCGCUCUGCUUGAAGAAUAAUUCUUUUAGACAACAAUGAUUGUUUGUAGCCCCUGUAGGUUAUUUUAAUGUGCAUUACUAUUUUCUUUAUAAUGUUUUCCAUUAGAUACAAGUUGAAUUUCAGCUUUCUGUUACGAUUAUAACACUACUCCCUCCAGUUUCAAUAAUGUCUCCAGCUCUAGCUUUCAUGCUGUAUCCAAGCCAGUGAAUUAAUGUUUUGUUGUUGGUGAAAAUGUUACUAAUAGGAAAGUUGUCUUUCAGGUUUCUGUAAACCGUUCUGGCAAGAGCAAGGUAAUCUUCACCAUGGGGGUGGCUAGGGAUUUCUGCACCAAGCUAACUGCUUUUGCAAAUUUCCUUGCCCAAGGUAUAACAAGUGUAUUGUACAUAUUAUUUAGUAAAUUCUUCUAGCCUAAACUUUAUUGUGAAUUUGAUUGGCUAACAUACUCACAGUCUUGCAGCUGGCACAGCUACGGUGUUUGGUUUUACAGUACACAGUGGAUGGUAACAAAAAAUCAGGCAUAUAUGUAACAGGUCAAAAUUAAAUCCAAGUUUAAAUUUUUAAACCUAGGUUGAUUUUCAAUUUCCUUUGUCUACUAGCCCUAAUUCAUGAGUAAUUAGGGAAAAAAAUUGAGGAUCAACCUAGGUUAAAAAAUACACAGUACAAAUUUUAAAAACCUGAUAAACUUAAAGUAACCAGCCAGUAGGUUAGUUAUAAACAGAAUCAAAGUGAACUACAUUGUAUCCAGUAUGGCAGAUGUUAUAAUAAUUAUUUUUCUGCUUUCUGAGACCACAUCGUUAUUGGUCUGAUGUACAUUAUACCUCUGGCUGCAUUUCUUUUCUUAGACCCAAAACGUGAUGAAGAAUCUGAGGAAUCUGGCGAUUUGAUGAAGUGAGUAUUAUCACUGCUUUUAGUUGCAUGCAUUUAACAAGAUGAGUGAGUUGUAAAAUUGUGCUGAGACAAUUUUUAUUAUUUGCCUGUGGCUCCAUAAAAAUAUUAUUAACCUGUUCGCCCCUGAGCCAACCUUAUUGCCUGUGUGGAUCCAUUUCCCUUCUACUGCUUGUGACGUUAUCAGUUUUAAUGGUCAAGAAAAACUUUUUAUUAUAUAAACUCCAAUGAAAUACCAGGUGAGCUUUCGUGCGAAAACUUGACAUCUUCACAUGUGAAAAUAUCACCGUUGCUAUGGCUACAUAAUAAAUUGCACCUUUCAUACCAAAAAACUAUUAAAGUGAAAUGGUUUAGUAGUUCAUUGGUGUUCAUAUAAUAAAUAGAACAUUACAUGGCCGCUUGGAGAUACAAAAUUUCGUAUCUCCACACAGCCAUGUAAUAUCCUCUAUAUCUGCUAACUUGUGCAGGGUGAAGAGAUCUUUCAAACCAUACCAGAAUGAGCACAAUUCAGUCAAGGACACAGAGAAAAAGGGAAAAAAGACAUAUAACAUUGACCUGAAAAUUUCCAUGAAAAUCUCGCUCCACUACCCACCUACAUGUACCUUUCCUUUUAUCAAAUCCUAAGAUCCUAAAAGCUUUCUUAAAAACUUUUCCCACCAAACUGAAGACUACUAAAAAAAAUGAGGCAUGAAAAGCAAAAAAAGAGGGAAGGAGAAGAAGCAUAAAGUAAAACUCAAGACUAUUGUGUCACUUUAAAUGCAAAAUUUUGCUUUCUGUGCAUGCCCAAACUUUGCAAGCUAAUAUUUUGCAUCUGGAUCAGGAGGCCAUGAAGUGUGGUACAUGUAUGAUGGUGGUAAGUCGUCUUGAAUUCUGCUAUAGUGUGUUGCGCUUGCAUGCAAUUGCAGCAUACUAUAAAUUAAUUUGGUUUAUUGCUGCUGGUAAGGUUAGUAGUUUUAGAACCACUAUUUCAAUGAAAUUUAUUUCAGUGAAAGUAUCAGAGGACCAAACAACAGAAUGUACUAUCUGGACCUCAAAGAAAACAAUAGAGGAAAAUUCCUCAAGGUCAGUGUUAGUUACCUGUGCUACUGGCAAUUAUACUGGCUUUUAUUGGCAACACAAUAAAAAUUAUCCAGUUAUUGGAAAUUGUAAAGAUGCACUUUAUUAACGUGAUUUUAAAGAAAUCGCAUUAAUUUAAUACAUCACCUACAGUAAUUCACACUAUUUUACAUCAUUGUUGUUUUACAGCAGCUUUAUUUCAAUAACAAAACAUUGUUUUGAAAAAUUUUGUGUUAAUUUGAUGUAUGUUAACCUAACGUUUGGAAAAGUUUACGUUAAUUUUGCAUAACAUAUUAAGUUUCUUCCCAUUGUCAACUGGCAUCUUUAAAUUCCUCUGAUAAAGUAAUGUUCAGUACUUGUUAAUAAUGUUGACAUUUACAGCGUACACUGUACACUUAAAACAGGGCCAUGGCAACAUUUUCAGCAACAAACUGAAAGACAUUACAUGUAUUAUUGUUUGUUGAAGUUGUCUUUUAUGCCCAGUAUUAUCACGGAUAUUCAGUAAACAGGUCAAGUGAGGCCUUAAUCUAGUACUGUAUCAUUUUGCUGUGUUCUGAGCUUUUGCUAAUCUAUAGCAUAUUAUUAAGAAAUGAGAAUGUAUUUUACAACAUAAUUAUGUACAGUGUACAUAGACAAAAUGAAGUAGUGGUGUGGGUGGCACAAAUAUUAGCAAGGCAAGAACUAAUACUUAACAAGAGAUAGUAUAUUAUUAUUAAAGAUGUAUAAAAUAUAAAUAGUGUAGCUAGGUAAUACACGAUAAAUGAUGAUUAAUGAUGAGCAAAAACAAUGAAAGAGUUACGUUGAUGUAGUUCUCCCUUAAAAGCAAAUAUUCCCUUAAUAUAAAGCAUCCCUCUUAGGGACUGAGUUUGGGAUCAAAAUACCCGAAACAAAAAGCAUGGAAUGUUGUUAAAGGCAAUAUUGAAGCUCUUGCUGUAGUGUUAAUAAAGUUUAACCAUGCAUACUUCAACAUGUUUGGGGAUCAAUAACAGCUGGCAAAAAAAACAUAAUGCAAAUGGUAUCCUCUAGGAACUGGGACCAGUACAACAAACUAAUAAGGCCAACUGUAUACGUAUUUUGUUUUUUUAGAUUAACCAAACUGGGACAUAUGGCCGAGGAGGUCGCACAAACAUUGCUGUCCCAGCGCAAGGCAUCGUGGACAUAAGAAAUGCCCUUUCUGAAGUACUGGAGCAAUAUGGUUCUGAUGAGGGUAAGUCUUCUUGGAAAACAGUUCAACCUUUGUUAAUGGAACUUUGUAUAGGUAGACCCCUCACAUAUAUGGCUCAUUUGCAUAAACAUCGCAUUUGUAAUUGUCUUCCUCUGGUUGAAUACUUCUCAUAAGCAUGGUACACUUUCCCUGGAUCCAUGGGUGUCUGCAUGCUUAUUAUAGGGCUUGGACUUUGGUUCAGUUGUUUACCUUAUUUACCUUAUUACACUUUGAAUAUUCCAUGAUGUUUUUGGUGGCUAAUCACUUAUAAGAGUUCCUAUUUUCUUGUACAGUGUAGUUACCUGCCACAAGCAAAAGUCAAUACUCCCGAAAUAGGGUUGGGAUAAUUAUACUGGUUUUUGAAAAGCAAACAUCAAGGAGUAACUUGGGGAAUUUCUUUGCAGACCUCCUCAUCUUUCAUUUAUUUUGAGUGGAUAAUUUAUUUUUCUUCUCUUGCAUGAAGUGUCAACACAUGUAAAUUGAAAAGUUAUCAUUCAAGUGCAGUGCAAAAAGUUAAAGAGAAAGCAAUAAUAAAACAUAAAAAUAUUGGAUGUGAGGAUUGCCAGCCUGUCAGUGACUACAGGUCUGUCAUGCAGCCUUCAGUUCUAGAUUAAUUUUACUGCUUUGUCUAUAAUUACAGAGGAAGUUACAAGUGACUUGCCUGCCUCACGGGAGCAGCGUGUGGAGCAAAAACGGUUUUACUUUGAUGUUGGUAGUAAUGCAAGAGGGGUCUAUUUAAGGAUUUCUGAGGUAAGGUUUUAGUUUUUCCCGGUAGUCUGUGUACUGGUCAAAACAAUUAAUAGAUCACUGACAUUUUGUAUUGAAUUUUGUUUUUGCAAAACAGCUUUACUCUAAUGCUGUCAGAACAGACAUAGCAAUGGAUGUGUGUCCUUGACAUAUUACUUUGCAUUAUUACUUUGUUUUCCAGGUUACUGCCAAUUAUCGGAAUUCAAUCACAAUACCUAAGCGAGGAUGGGCAAGUAUCAGGGAUAUAAUAGGUGAGUCAAAUGCUUCUUUCAGUUUUUGCAAUAAAAUUAUUUCAAAGAAUGAAAUAGAGUUUCUGAAGAUAAAAUCCUACUUCAACAAGUCAAAGCUCUUCAGCUGCACUUUUACAUGGAUUCAAGCUGCUGUUAUGUUAAGUAACCUGGUUUCAAGGUCUAAAGUUUGUCAUUGAACUGCUAUAAUGCAGCCAUGUAAAUAAACCUUUUCAGUAAUAUUUACAGCACAAAGGCUUGUGGGGCUGAGUGAACAAAAAACCAAAUAAUUCAAAUAAACAUAAUAUAAUGGGGUUAUGAAUCCCAACUGGCUGGAGACAAACCAGUGGGCUAUUUAAAAGCUUGGUCAAGGAUUUGCACUCAGGACUACCAAGAAGAAAUCCAUUUACAUGUAGCGGCCAGGGCGGGAGUCUUUGGAGAACCCAGUGUCUCCAUAUUACAACUUCAAACUGUGUUAUGGGUUCAUGCCUUAACUCACAGCUGUAUAAUAUGUAUAAUGUUGUGGGUUAAUUUUAUCCCGGUUUAAAUUUUAUUUUCCUUUGUUUUUGGGUAUGGUGAUGUUGAUAAUGACAAAGAAAAGUAAAAUUUAAACCAAGGAUAAAAUUGAACCACAAUUGAUUGUAUUUUAGCUGACACCGUUUUACAAUGUACAUUUAUACACUGGUUGUUUAAUAAAUAAUUUAAGGCUGUCAUGAUCCAUGCAAUAGCAUGCAAAUAGCUUCCAUCCAGCCUUGCUGGAAUGAUGGAUUGCUUUUGUCAUUGUGUCACCAGAUGACUUUGUGAAGAAGAUGGAGGGCGAUGAUGAUAGAGAAGAGGAUGAGGAGGAAGAAGAUGAAGAAGAAAGAGGAGACUAAGAACUUCUUCUACUAAGCUUCUGUCCUCCCUCCCUCCCUUCUUUUCUUUCUAUCUCUUUCUUUUUCUCCUUUUCAUUCAUCUCUUGUCAAGUAAUAUAAAGCUUAUAAUAUUCUAGGGGCUUGGUCAGGCUGUUAUAGGUGUGUUUACAGCACAAUAACCAAGUGCUUGAUUUGUUUUAUAAUAUUACUUGCUCAAAGCCUGGGAUGUUACAUUUUGCCAUGGAAAUGAUUGCUGCCCCCAGCACUUAAAUUAUUUGGAAAGGUUUCAACCUCUCUGGCCUUGAAUAGUUGUGGAGUGUUUGAAAUGACAGCUGAAAAUGUUUUAAAAAUGCCAAAAGGAGUUUAUGAAUUGUAUUUUAGUUAAACUACAUUCGUACACAAUGUAUCAAACAUGGUCUGAAAAUAGAAUCGAAUUCAGUUAAACAUAUUUGAAAAUAGGCUACAAUACUCCAGAAUUGUCAUGCCUUGUAAGGCUGUAAUUUCAUUUUUACUUUCCAAGUUCCAGUUCGUAGUUAGAGUGAAAAAUCGAACAAAUAAUUAUGAAAUUUAGCAUGACCCAGCCCCAGUUAUCCCUAAAUUGCUCUCCCUACAUUGCACUCUCCCAGCCGGUCCUGUCUCCUGUCCCUACCCCCAACACAUACCCCCAUAAAGAAUGCAAACACUUAAGUAAUGUCAGAAGCUGACUGACUUUGUAGUUGCGUAGAAAAGCGAAUUAUUAUUCUUAUUUCGGUGCAAGAAGAUUUUAACUCUGCAGAUUACAGUUUUUUUUUGUAAUCUCUUUGGCUUUUUGAAUGCCAUGGUCACCCAAAAAAACAAACGAAAUUUAAAAUGAAAUUUCAUCAUGCUUGUACAAAAAAUUUAAUCCUUGAAAAAAGUGGUCAUUAUGUUUGUGAUAAAUGCUGUCUUGAGGUGAAAAAAGGCGGGCUCGUAUUAUACACUUGUCAGCCAAGGUUUUCAGUCAUCAAAUGUCUAAGUAUAAACAAUAAAGUUUGGACAGAGUCCGGAGAUUAUUUCAUCGGCCAAGCGUAUUUAACUGAAGUGUGCAAUAAUAGUCGCAGUGUACAUCCCAGGGAACAAAUUAAAGAACAGAAGGAAAUUUUAGGCUCUGAAAGAGAGUCAACGGGCGAAAAUUAUGAAGGUUCCAC